AUGGCUCUGGAAGAAAACUGCUUCGUUAUAUUCUGUAUUUGCCUGUUUUUACGAACAAUAUUCGCCGGUGAGCAAUAUUGCCGAACUAUGCAAUCAGUUUCAAACCGCGCACUAGAAGGUCACGUGAUAGCCGUGUUAGUAACUUCGUCUGUUGAAAAGUGCCAAGCAAAGUGUGAGAGACACCCAGACUGCUACAGUACAAAUUACUUGUUUUCCACAAAAUCUUGUGAGCUGAACAAGGGCACCAGAUUGUCGCAUCCUGAAAACCUCUUACCGCGAGAAAAUGCGGUGUAUUUUGACAAUCUUUAUCGCCUCUAUCACGCAUGCGUGCACCCUCCGUGCCAAAAUGGUGGCAAAUGCGUAUUACGGACGCAAAAUCCUGGUUACGAGUGUCAGUGCCCACCAAAGUACAGUGGAAAUAACUGCCAAGGUAAGACAAAAAUCAUGCUAUCAAGUAUAACUAUCAUUACGUCGAAUCACAAGUAACUCAAACUACAUCCAUUUUCAACCGAUUUUCAAAAUACCGGGGAUAUCCUCGAUUUUGCUUAAAUUCUUUCUCUGAUCGGUUCAGAAAAAAAAAAAAACUUGCAACUCCCUCAUAACCGAUCACAUGGAAAACUAUAACCUGGAUCGCGGUUUUGUUCCAACUCUUCAGUCUCAGUCAGUUUUCUUUUUUUACGUUGAGUUUUUCGUGACCUCUUUGACUUUCUUAGUUCAGAUCAGCCAUGCACUGCCAGUGGUCACUUCACGGUUUUAUGAUUGUGAAUCAAAUGCGUUAAAAGGCGAACCAGAUUUGUGUCAAUAUCUCUAUAACCAAAUACGGACUCUGAUAUUGACUGAAAUCUGUUGCGGGAGCACUACCGUGUGCAUAUGGACCUUUACUGAGAAAAAAAGUUUGAUUUUUUUUUCUGCUUUGCCAUAGAUUGCGAUGGUGAUGCACUGGGUAUUUAUGACAAAUUACGCAACUUUACAAUAUCUGCAUCAUCGUCUGAACCCGACAGCCCACCAGCCAGCGGUCGUAUUUAUAAGCCUGGAGGAUGGCGAGCGCUAAGAAACGAUUCGGAUCCAUAUUUGGAGGUAGGUUUUAAACGAAGUAAUUAUUUCACUGGUUAUUGGUGUGAGCUAUGUAUUUCAAACCAGGUAAUCAUUACUCCUUUCUUCGUUUGAUUUAAAAUAUUAAUAGGUUAAUAAAUGAAAUAAAGAAACUGAAAAGGCGGGGAUAGUCUCGUACCCAGACCUUCCACGGCCAACUCGAUGUCUUAGUUAAAUGUAUAGACUUCUUUAAUGAAUGGCAAACCAAUUAUAGUUAUUUUGUUUGCACUUUUAUCAGCCUUCUUACUUUGUCGACGUGUGUGAAAACGUUAUAAUUUUUACUCAAAAAUAUAUUGAUAUGUUAGCAGCAAAUUACAUAUCUUGUAUUUCCUUUGUAAAGAUUAGAUUUUCCGUUGUGAAACUCAUAACAGCAGUAGCCACGCAAGGCUGGAGAGAUGCAAAUGACCUAGUGCCAGACUGCUGGGUGAAACAAUAUUUUCUUGAAUACAGUGAAGAUGAAAAAACUUGGAUGAAACAUAAAGAUGGCGCGAGUAGGAGGGUAGGAAUUUUAGUGUUCAUACAUAAUCACUCUCAUGGAAGCUCAUUUCCAACCAGUUAAAUUAGUCAAGUUAGUCAUUGGUCGAGGAAGAUUUUUUAGCUUUAUUUUUUUUCGCUUAAAACAUGUCUAACGUGCCUUAGACAUAUGAAGUAGUUUAUUGCAGUGAAUAAUUUAAGCUUUAUCGAUUACUAUAAGCAGUUAACAUUCUGAUUGAGUUAGAAUCGCUUGCAAGUUGAUCAAAGGCGGAGGAAAUACCGGCUUGCGUAACUGAUGACUUUUUUUUUGCGCUUUGAGGUGUUGAGGGGUAAAACCGAGAGAGCAUGCCACGAAAUCGCGACAAGUUUGGCACGAAAUUAUGAGAGGCGGAAUGGAUUCGCUGCCAAUAGUCGAAGCUCUGUUUCCUUCGCUUUGCAUCUAGCGCUAAAAAAACGCCAGAUAGGCAGGCUAGAAAGAUGUAAUCGUCUGGACAAUUUUCUUUGAACUGGAAAGUAGUUGUGUCGUAAGAUUUUUUACGACCGCAACCAAACUAGUGAUCCGCUGCCUAUAUCACGCGAAAUACCCAGGAAUAUAUUUUCGACUCUUAAUAAUUGUUUUCCCUUUACUGAAAAGGUUUUCCUAGGAAACAAAAACGCAAAUGGCUAUGUGAAGAACCUAAUUAGCAAACCAUUCCGAUGUAUGGCGUUAAGAAUUCGCCCCAUUGGUUGGGAACAACGACCAGCCAUGCGCACUGAAUUAUAUGGGUGCGACGUCUUUGGCUCAUAG